GUAACUUAUGCUAGGGCCCCUGCUAACCCACCUGUUCCACUCCACACCGGCAGGGGCGCUAAUUCCCUGUGAGCCGUUAGCAAAACAAAACCAGCUUGUCGUCUUCGUCACUUUCAUGCGACUGUCUCCGCUUUGUUUGUUCCGCACACGGCAGCAGAGCCGCACACACCCACUUUUUUCCCCCAGAUAUUUUUAACCGUGUUCAAACCAUCUGGUGAGCUGUCCACAGUCGCAGCCGCUCAGUCUAACAUGGCCAGAUCUAAUGAUCUGAAAGUCUUCUUGGAGUCUUCUUUGAAUGAGAUCUUUAAAGCGACAGUCAGCGAUAUCCUGGACUCGGUGGACAGGACCCUGUCGGAGUACCAGGGCACAAUACAGAGGAUCGAGUCUGAAAACGAGGGCCUGAAGCGGCUGCUGUUUGCACGGAAUAGCACAGAGUCUGUUGCCAGAGAUAUUUGUGAACAGGAUGCCACUGAAAAGUUUUCGACCUCUGAAUGGAGCAGUUGUUCCAUCACCUCCACCCAGGGAACAUUCAAGGUGUCCAUAUGCAGCAGUGACAAGAAGAGCUUCAAGAGGAAGCAUAAAGACAAAACGAGGAAGAGCAUAUCCCCUUCCUCAAUUCUGCUGCAGGCUGAUGAUAUGUUAGAAAGAGCAUGUUUGAACACAACAAAGGCAGGUGUCUGCAACCAAAACUUUAUAUCUGUAAAAACAGAGCCAGGCCUGGAUGAAAACAGUGCUAUUGACCUCUCACAACCUUCAUCCCUUCUCAACAUGACAACAAGGCCGAUAAAAAACGAGAGCACAGAGGAUGGUUGUGAUGCAUAUGCACCUCUGCCGCCAUCUGCAGGCCUCCAAGACUCCAGAGGCAGUGACAGUGAACUUAAAGUCACCAUUGUCUCUGACACGUACAUGGAGGAUGGACAGCUCAUUAAGACAGAGGACGAGGAGCAGAAUGAGAUGUUGCAGUAUGGUGACGAGUUAAAAGACACAGUGGGAUUUUAUCCUGAGUCAGAAAUGGAUGCUGAGGGAGAAAGCAGACAGGAUGAAGUAGCGACACCUGAGGAAAGUGAUUCACCCACUGUUCCUGCAGACGAGUUUCUGGAGAUUCACGACAAUUUUUUGCGCUGUCCCUCUUGUCCCAAAACAUUUAGCCGAGCGACUUCGCUCAACAUCCACAUCAAAACUCACAGUGGCGAGAAGGCCCACAGCUGCAGCUACUGUGGUAAACGUUUUGGCCGAGCUGAUCUCCUCAAAUCCCACAAGCGCACACACACGGGAGAGAGACCCUACAGCUGCAACAUCUGCAGUAAAACAUACGCCCAUCCCAGUCAGCUCAGGAUACACAAACGCGUCCACACCGGUGAGAAGCCAUAUUCCUGCUCGCACUGCGGGAAACGCUUCAACGAGCACAACCAGCUCAAAGUCCACUUGCGGACUCACACAGGGGAAAGGCCUUACAGCUGCCAAGAGUGUGGCAAAAGUUUCAGCAAUGCAGGCAACCUGCGUAUACACGAGAGGAUCCACACCGGCGAGAAGCCAUACUGCUGCGCCCAGUGUGGGAAAAGGUUCAACGGCUUGGGUGACCUCAAGACACAUUACAGAAUUCACACUGGAGAGAGGCCCUACAGCUGUGAGCUAUGCAAGAAGACCUUCAGCCAGGCGGGCCACCUCACCAUACACAUGAGGAUGCACACAGGGGAAAGACCGUACAGCUGCAAUGAGUGUGGCAAGAAGUUUACGGUGGCCAGCAGUCUCAAACUGCACCAGAGGACUCACACAGGAGAGAAGGAGUACAGCUGCUCCUACUGCAGCAAGAGCUUCAGCAGGUCCGGUCACCUGAAGAGACACGAGCUGGUCCACACCAAAGAGAAGGUCUUCCUCUGCAGCGAGUGUGGAAAGACCUACACUGACCAGUCCUCCCUUAAAAAACACCUGAAGAUGCACGCAGCCAAGGAGCAGAAGGCUCAGGGUGAGGGGAGCACCAGCGAGGCUGAAACUAACUCGGCCCAACCUGCUGCUUCGGAGACAAUUUCAGAGAAAUUGGAACCAAAAUCUUGAAGAUGAGUAAUAAAAAAACAACCCUGCAAAUCAGAAAGAAUGUUAAAUCAAGGUCCACUUACUAGCUUUUAAACUCAUCUCACGGCCUGCUCCAGCAGAGUAUUACAAAGUGUUUUAAGCAUCUGAUAAGCCUAUAAAACCUUUAACUUGUUACUCAAGCUGGACUUUCUGUUUUGUGCUGCUCUUUAAAGCUCCAGGAAAGGCUAGUAAAUGGACCUUACUAAGAUUAUUUUGUCAAACCACUGUUCUCAGCGUCGAUACUAAAGUUUCUCCCUCAAAACUGUAUGUGAUGUUUGUGGUACAGUGCAAUACACUGUUGUCUAAUUGUUGCUGUGAUUUUAGUAUGUCCAAAUAUUUACCAAUACCAUGUGACUGAUUCUUUUAACCUAAUUGAUGAACUCUAAUAUUCCUCUUGUAGUCUUCUCUGUCACGACACAGUAUAAAGAGUAACAGACAGAAAAUGGGACCUUUAAAAGAACAGCCGUUCUUUUUUCCAAACUUGUUGUAUGUUACCACAGUGUUGGUGGUAUGUUUCUGAAACGCUUUAAAGGAAAAGAAGAAUUAUUUAAUGCAGUGUCUGUCAGAUUGUCAGAAUGAUUUCAACCAGCCUGCUGAAGCACACUGAAUUUCAGAUCCAGGUGUCCUUUUCUGAUGCUUGUCCUGGUCAGUAGAAAAUAACUAUAUAAUAGUUUUAGAGUUAAGAUACUUCUACGCACAUUUAUACACUUUGUAGGAACCAGAAGUUUAGAAAGAUGUGUUUCAUCAGUGAUUCCCGGUAAAGAUCAUUAAUAUAUUGCUGUAUAUAGCUUUAACUAUACAGUCAGGAGCCCGAUCCAUUGAACUGACAAGAAUGUAUUUAAGUAAUAAUUUUACUGAAAAUUUUGUUGCUGAUACUGAUUGCAAAUACUCAGUAGCUUUUAACCAACUUUCAGCAGUAAAUUAAUAAUCGUUACUUAAGCCGUGCUGAUCUCUAAGAAGAAUGUCGCAAGGAUUUGUUUUAGGUUCGCUGUUCUGCCAGGAAACUUGUGUCUUAUGAUAAAUACAGAAGUAACAUCAUGUUUAUAAUGAUAGGGCUACUGUUUGUUGUGACAACUGAUAUAACUGCGCAGUAAUGUAUAAACUGUUUGCUACUAGGAGCUAGGAGCUCAUUGUGACGUACUUUUUCGUGAUAUGUGUCUAAAUUAAAGAGAAGAAUUAACUGAAA